AUGGCACGAGCUGAGCUGGCCCGAAACAGAUCGUCCGCCAGGCCAGCACACCAUCCUAUCCCCUCUUACCAUCCACGCGGACUCGAGAUGAAGAAAUUCCGUUCGGUUGGCUCUAACUAUCCCGGUCUAUACUUGCUAGGAUUAACCACGCAAGUUGCCUACAAUGUAACGUCUUUGCUUUUUGCUUUAGGCAUAGGCACAUACCGGAAGAUCUCCGCUCACGCGUGCAGAGACCUAUUUGAUGACCAUAGUAAUCUCUAUAACGCUUCAGCGAUAGGAAAGGAAGGUGGUUGGCUAAUUUAUGGAUGCACCAGCACGAAACGGUAUCUGCUCUGCUCAUCAAUCAAGAGGGCCCAGUACGCUGGGAGCAUCGUGACAUGGUUACACCCACUUAUUGCCAGGCAUGCAGGUAAUUCUCAGCUUAGCGCGGGAAUCUCGACUCUUCAGAGACACGAAGGGGAAAAGUAUCCGCAUGCGGAAGUCGGCCUUGUUCACGCCUUGUGGCGGACAGAGCGUCUUCGAAAAGUCGAGGACAUCAGAAACCAGUAA